AUGGCGGACAAAGUCUACCCCAGCGCCAAGCCCCCCGCCGCCGCCGCCAACAUCAACCCGACCGCCACCGCCAACCGCCCCUUCCCCACCGCCAAAUCAAAGCUCUACCGCCCACCUGGCUACCGCCCCGCACCCCACCGCCGCCGCAGCCACCGCAGCCUCUGCUGCGCCUGCUGCCUCUGGAUCACCCUCGUCAUCUUCAUCAUCAUCCUACUCGCGGCCAUCUCCGGUGCCGCCAUCUACGUCGUGUACCGCCCUCAGCGCCCCUCCUUCUCCAUUUCCUCCCUCCAAAUCUCCCAGUUCAACCUCACCUCCACCACCCUCACCUCCAACGUCAACUUCAACCUCACCGCCAAGAACCCCAACAAGAAACUCAUCUUCUUCUACGACCCCAUCACAGUCUCCCUAUCCACAAACGACGGCGUUUCGAUAGGGGAUGGGGCGUUGCCGGCUUUCCAGCUGGGCACGAAGAACACGACGGUUCUGACGUCGACGGUGGCCGCGGUGGGUGAGAGCCUGGACACGACGUCGGGCGGGAAGCUGCAGGCGGACGCGAAGAGUAAGAGCGGGUUGGGUUUGACGGUUGAGUUUGAUUCUAAGAUCAGUGUGAAGAUUGGUGGGGUGAAGACUAAGAAGGUCAAAGUGAGGGUUACGUGUGAAGGGAUCAAGGCUGGUUUGCCCACCGUGGAGGUUGUGGCUUCGCCGGCUCCAGCGCCGUCUCCGGUGGCAACAAUUACGAGGACGGUGACGGUGGCCUCUCCAGCGACCGUGUCGGGUGGCAAGUGCAAGGUUGAUAUGAGAGUGAAGAUCUGGAAGUGGACCUGGUGA